CUUUGUCUCCCUCCCUCGCUCCCUCCCCCCGUGUCUCCCUCUCUCCCUGCCCCGGGACCGGGAGGCGGCGGCUAGCCGGCCGCCCACGUGGGUUCCCUCCAUCAGUGGGACGGUGAGGCCAGAGGGAGGCAGAGCAGCCGCAGGCUGGGCCGGGAGAGGAGCGCGAGCGGCCGCUGCGCGUGUGCCGGGGGAGCCCCGGGCGGUCCGAGCGGGAGGAUGCGGGGCCGCGGCGGCGGCCGCUGGAGUAGCUGCGGGCGCGCCUGGGCUCUGCUGCGGGGCGCGGGGCUGCUGCUGCUGCUGCUGGCGCUGCUGCUGCCGGGGGGCCCGGCGCGGGGUCAGGAGCGGGCCCCCAGGCCCCCGCAACACUUUGAGUUGCUCUACAGCCGCGGCGUCGAGGCGUUCUCGGCCGGGGACUUCGAGGCGGCCGUGCGCUACGUGGAGCAGGCGCUGAGCAGCCGGCGGCGGCUGCGGGACGAGCGGCUGCGCUGCCACCUGGAGUGCGGGCUCCCGGAGCCGCUGGGGAGCGCGCGCGGCACCGGCCCGGCCUGGGAGCUGCGCUUCCUGCGCGCCCUGCUGGAGCGGGCUCGCUGCGUGCGCCUCUGCGAGCGGGCCGGCCAGGACGGGCCGGAGGGCCGGCGGGGCCGCGCGGGGACCGCCGGGGAGCCGAGCCGCAGCCCCGCAGACGUGCGGCGGGACUUCCAGAGGAGGAUGCCCUACCUGCAGCAGGCCUACAGCCAGAUAAACCAGAUGGAAAAGGCUGCUGAAGCUGCCUACACUUUCCUAAUGGCCAAUCCUGAGCACAUGGAGGUCCCUUCUCAUGAUGGGAAUACUGACACGGGGGGAGGAGCCAAGCUGGUGGAUCGAGAAGCCCAACCCCAUCUGGAGUACUACCGGGAAGCAGUGGAAUAUUACGAAGGCUAUGACUUCUCCUUGGCCAUCGAAUCCUUCGAACGAGCUUUAAAGGAAUAUUUCAAGGCGGAUAGGGAAUGCCGGCUUCUGUGUGAGUGGUCCGAGAACUAUGGUGACAACGAGCGUGUAGAAAAGACUGAUGGCUUCUAUGAAUUCAUCGCAGGUCUCUACUCCCAGCGUCUGAUCUGUGAGCAUGAAUGUGUGAGGGACCUCGCUACGUGGCCUGGCCAGCUCUCUCCCAUUGAGAACUUCCUGCCCCUUCACUAUGACUACCUACAAUUCUCCUAUUAUCAAGUUGGCAACUAUGUGAAAGCGCUGGAGUGCGCCAGGUCCUACCUCCUGUUCCACCCGAAUGACGAGGACGUGCAGGACAACGUGAAGUACUACGAGAGCGUCUUGGAAGACAGCAUGGAUCCCCAAACCGUCAAGCCCAGGGAGGAUGCUACAAUAUUUAUGAAACGACAUAAGCUCGAAUCGGAGCUUAUCAAGUCAGCUGUAGUCAACCUGAACAUUCCCUACAUUGAAGAGAAUUACUGGACCAAUGACGGAGGACGGCAAGAAGAAAAUCAGGUCCUUUCAGAGAUGGACAGUGGGAUGGCCGACGCCCCCGAGCAGUCUGUAGGAAAGCAGCCCGUGGCCAGCCUGGGGCAGGACUUCCGAGAGGGGGGGCCGCUGCUCUACAGCCACGUGAAGUUCGUCUAUAACUCGGAACAGCUGAACGGGACCCAGCGGAUGCUGCUCGAUAACGUGCUAUCAGAGGAGGAGUGCAGAGAGCUCCAAAGCAUGGCCAGUAGAAUAAUGCUUGCUGGGAGUGGGUACCAAGGGGAGGUUUCACCCCUCACGCCCAAUGAGAAGUUUGAAGGGGCCACUAUCCUGAGAGCCCUCAAGUUUGGCUCCGAAGGCCGAGUGCCCCUGCACAGUGCGCGGCUCUUCUAUGACGUCAGCGAGAAGGCCCGCAGAAUCGUCCAGUCUUACUUCAUGCUCAAUUCCACCCUCUAUUUCUCCUUCACUCACCUGGUUUGCCGGACACCCUUUUCAGAUCAGCCACGAAACAGGGAUGACCUCAGCCACCCCAUCCAUGCUGACAACUGCUUCUUUGACUCAAAGAACAAUGUGUGCAAGAAAGAGUUUCCUUUGGCUUCGAGAGAUUACAGUGCCAUCCUCUAUAUGAAUGAAGACUUUGAAGGGGGAGAGUUCAUCUUCACCGGAAGAGAUCCCGAAACUGUGACUGCUUCCAUCAAACCAAAGUGUGGGCGGAUGGUCAGCUUUUCCUCAGGCAGAGAGAACCUUCAUGGGGUGAAGGCCGUGACCAAGGGUCAGAGAUGUGCCGUAGCGCUUUGGUUCACCUUGGACCCAUUGCACAGGGAGUUGGAACGACUGAAGGCAGACGAAAUGAUCAGACAGUGGAACCACGAACAGAGCAUCAACCCCAAAGAUGAACUUUGAACGUGGCCAGGAGUGUUCUAUCAACUAUUUAUUUAACGUUAAUCUUAUUAGAACCUUUUAUUUUUCUACAGAGUCUUGGUAUAAAUUAAUGGGUAAAUAUGAGUCUCUGAAGCUUCCCUUUGGUGGCCGUGGAUUCUAUGUCUGCAAUCCUCCAAUCUUGAUCCGUCAGUGUGUCUUUCGAGAGAAUCGAUCAAUCAGCUAAUCGACAAGCAUUUAUUAAGUGCCUUCCAAAGGCUGGGGACACAGAGACAAGAGCCAAAUAGGCUACCCCAGGAGCCGACCUUCCGAUCCAACAUGUAUUUAUUUGUAUUCAGUGCCUCCUCGGUGACUAGCACUGGGCUGUGAUGUUAGAGUACAAAGAUAAAUGUGAAAAACCCUUCGCCUCCAGAUGUGAAAAAGGCGAAACAAGACCCCUUCGGUUCAUUUGCUGAGGAUCUCAAAGCCCAAAGCGGGAGGGUCCCUCCCUUCCCUUCUUGGCAGAACCCCAAGAUUUGGAGCUCUGAAGUUUUGGGUUUUCAUGUAUGUUGUUCGCACAAGCUUCAGAAGUUUGAGAUGUUUUAUGUCAUCCACGUGAGCUUCACGACUCCUUCACCUACUAAGGGGGCUGAGGGAGAGCUGGGACUUACCCCCAGAAGCCAGAACCUGCUCUAGGAGCAUUCACAAGAUGGCCUAGUUUCUCCUCCUGAGUAUCCCGGGGGCCCAGAUUACUUGCAGGAAAUUUCCCUAAUCAUUUUCACCAGCUUUGGGGGGAGGGCGCCUCAUUUUUGUGACUGUACAACACACUUUUGUCUGAAUCUUUCAAUAAAAGGAAACUUUAUUUUAA